AACUCAAGCAGGGACUUCCCAUGAGAGCGUGAAUACAUGAAUCAGCUUUCAGUUUUUGCGCGCAGCUCUUUAUCUUCCUCAACGACAAGGUAUGCAACGGGUUAAGGAGCGGGGCUUCGGAGUCCUCCUCUCUUGUUCGCCACGAUGAACAAAUGAACUCUUGGGGAAUGAAAUUUAAAUUCCAUAAAGGAGAAAAAGUUCUCUGUUUUGAACCUGACCCAUCCAAGGCCAAGGUGCUCUACGAUGCAAAGGUUGUUGACAUCGCAACAGUAAAAGAUGAAAAGGGUAAACGGAUCCCAAAGUAUCUGAUUCAUUUCAAUGGUUGGAACAGAAGCUGGGAUCGCUGGGCUGCAGAGGAUCAUGUGCUCAAAGAUUCUGAAAAUAAUCGCAAAUUACAACGUAAACUGGCUCGCAAAGCUUUGGCUCGCAUGAGGAAAAAGGGAUGGAAGAAACGACGCUGUCGUCUGCCAGGUGUUAACCCAAUCUUAAAGUCCCUCACUGAAGAGGAAAAGGAGAAGAGCGAUGAUGCUUCUUUGAUCUCACCAUCUGAUGAUAGUGACAAAGACAUUUCAGACCAGGAGUCCUUAAAAAGUGAAAGUACUUCAUCGGAAGAAAUGAAUUGCAUGAGAGAAGAGCAGGAGCCACAGACCAAAAGGGAGAGUGAAGACAAGAGCAUCACUGUAAAUAUCGACAUCCCUGAUGUUCUCAAGAAGAAGCUUGAGGAUGACUGUUACUAUAUCAACAAAAGAAAGAAGCUGGUGAAGCUUCCAUGCCUGAUGAAUAUAGUAAACAUUCUGGAGUCCUAUGUGAAGCACUUCACCCUAAAUGCAGCUUUCUCAGCUAAUGAGCGCUGUCGGCAUCCUCAGAGCUCAACACAGACUAAUAUGAGUCCACACUAUAUGCCACCUGAGAGGAAUGAGGAGCUCUGUAAAGAAAUGGUGGAUGGUUUGAGGAUAACGUUUGACUUUACCCUUCCACUAAUCCUACUGUACCCAAGUGAACAAGCUCAGUUCAAAAAAGUCAGCUCUUCCAAGUUCUUCCAACCAAACAUUGACAGCGCAACGUGCACCAGUAGGAUUUUAAGAGAACGUUCCCCAAGUCCUGGACAGAAUCCCUCUACUCCCCAGUCCACUGACAGCCAAGCAGCUCUGAGUGAAUCCUCCAAUGUCCCCAUCAUCAUGGCAACCCCACCUAAGCGCAGGCGCUGUGCCUACCUAGAUUCUGAUUCCACUCAAUCUUUGCGCCGCUCAACGCGCAAUACAUCUGGAGGGGAUCGAAUGGCAGAGCCUGGGGGUGGAGGCAGCAACAAUGCCUCUCCUCAACCAAAGCGAAGACCUGCUGAGGUGCAGACACCACUACCCAAGUUCUUCCUCAACCUAGAGAAGAGUGAUUCAAUGAUAGCUGUGUGGAUCUCAGGCUACCUGGCAGACAUCUCGGCAUGGCUGAAAGAACAUCACCUACAGCUCAACCUAGCAAAGACUAAGAUUUUUGUCUUCCCCACCAUGGCAACGCUACAGCAUGAUUUUACUAUCCACUUAGGUUCAUUCAAUUAAUUAGGUAAUCAACAAUUACCCCAUCAAGUUCGGUCAGAAAUCCUAGUAUAUUCAUUGACCAGCUAACGUUUUAAAAGACCACAUUGCAAAAACUGCUUGAUCUUGCAGGUUUGCAUUGCACAACAUCAGAAAAGUCAGGCCCUUCUUAACAGACCAUGCUGCACAACUUCUUGUCCAGGCCCUUGUCAUCUCUGGACUGGAUUACCGCAAUGCUCUUCUAGCUGGACUCCUAUCAUGCGUAAUCAAACUUUUACAACUAUAUCAGCAGCUAUCAAUAUUAAAUAUUCAUCAUUCAGAAGGAGAAACCAGAACAAAGAUAUGCAGAUAAAUGAAACGUAAACAAAGCUACACACACUUUCCAUUUUGAUUAUCAGUAAUGUUGAGAACUUCCUUCAUUGUAUGAGGCUCACAUUAUGGUAAUAUUCACACAUUGGAAUUCUUGGAUAAGUACCAUACGAGCAGUCUUCCGUUUGUGCAGCUUUCAUUAACUUUCAAUGACUCGUUUUUAUUAUUUAGCUUUAAUUCUCUGGCACUGACAUUCAAUCAAUCAAGUCCUCACUGUCCCUGUUUCUUCUAGGAGGGGUAUACAGUUAAAAUUUACUUAUUUAUAUCAGAUGAGAUAUGGACUCCAAGAUAUUUAAGAUACAUGCAUCUAAAAUGAUAAUUCCUGACUUCAGCAUCUCAGUUUAAUUUUGUGAUCAUCUCAGACUUUGAACAGUUAAAUGAGUAACCAGAUGUUAUGCUAAAGUGGUUAAUGAGAUUUAUAUAAAGCUGGAAGUGAAAUUAAUAGGUUUGUUAUAUACAGGAGUAUGUCGUCAACAUACAGACUUAUUUUAUGGUGGUGUAAAUUUGACAGUUCCGGUGAAACUUUGUUUUUCAUUCUUUAUCUUCUUGUGUUUUCUGAGGGAUGUCUCCUUUUAAUAAACCCUGUUUGAUUGUUGUGUAUUAAAAUUGUGAUGACAGUU